AUGACGGGCCUGCAAUUAGCUUCCAUCUCAUCCUUCAAUAGCACUGAAUAUUGUGCAACCAGUAUGAAUAUUCUUACCUCAGUUCUACCUGAGUUCUGUGACAGCGAGAUUGUAAAUAAUAUGUACGAGACCGACCCUGAUCUCCUUGCUGGCGAAAGUGCAGAGGAGGAAACAGAGGACAGUAUUAUGUCCCCCAUUCCUGUCGGACCUCCAUCACCCUUUCCCACCAGUGAGGACUUCACUCCCAAGGAGGGCUCACCUUAUGAAGCUCCCGUCUACAUUCCUGAUGACAUUCCAAUCCCACCAGAUUUUGAACUCAGAGAAUCUUCGAUUCCAGGGGCAGGGCUAGGGAUUUGGGCCAAAAAGAAGAUUGAAGUUGGGGAAAGAUUUGGACCCUAUAUGACAGUACAAAGGAGCACAUUAAAGGAAACAAACUUUGGAUGGGAGCAAAUACUGACUGAUCCCGAGGUGACCUCCCAAGAGGGCAAUAUCAAAAAGCAGAUUGCCGAUGACCUGGGAAAUGAGAAAUUCUGUAUUGAUGCUAGCCAGAGUGGAGCUGGGAACUGGCUGAAGUACAUCCGCGUGGCCUGUUCCUGUGAUGAACAGAAUCUAGCCGUGUGUCACGUUAACGACCAGAUCUAUUAUAAAGUUAUUAAAGAAAUUGAGCCAGGAGAAGAGCUCUUGGUGUAUUUGAAGGAAGGUGGUUAUUCACUUGGGAACAUGGCGCCCAGCAUGGAAGAAGAGCACACGUUUCGCUGCGAGGACUGUGAUGAACUUUUUCAGUCAAAGCUCGACCUGCGGCGACACAAGAAGUACGCCUGCAACGCUGUCAGCUCCCUGUACGAGACCCUGAAUGACGAGAUCAAGCAAGAAGGUCUUGGAGAUGGACAGGUCUAUGAGUGCAAAGACUGUGAGAGGAUGUUCCCCAAUAAAUACAGCCUGGAGCAGCACAUGGUAAUCCACACCGAGGAGAGGGAGUACAAGUGCGACCAGUGUCCCAAGGCUUUCAACUGGAAAUCCAACCUGAUUCGUCACCAAAUGUCUCACGACAGUGGGAAACGGUUUGAAUGUGAAAACUGUGUUAAGGUGUUUACCGACCCCAGCAACCUCCAGCGGCACAUCCGUUCCCAGCACGUUGGCGCGCGGGCCCAUGCCUGCCCGGACUGCGGCAAAACCUUUGCCACCUCGUCUGGCCUCAAACAACACAAGCACAUUCACAGUACUGUCAAACCUUUCAUAUGUGAGGUCUGUCACAAAUCCUACACGCAGUUCUCCAACCUCUGCCGUCACAAGCGGAUGCACGCGGACUGUCGCACCCAGAUCAAAUGCAAGGACUGCGGCCAGAUGUUCAGCACUACCUCCUCCCUCAACAAACACCGGCGCUUCUGCGAGGGCAAGAACCAUUACAACCCAGGGGGGAUUUUUGCCCCUGGCCUACCCCUAACGCCCACUUCCAUGAUGGACAAAUCCAAGCCCUCUCCCAACCUCAACCAUGCCAGCCUGGGAUUCAAUGAUUAUUUUCCAUCCCGCCCGCACCCGGGGGGUCUUCCGUUCUCGCCUGCCCCCCCAGCCUUUCCUGCCCUCACUCCGGGAUUCCCAGGGAUUUUCCCACCGUCUCUAUACCCCAGACCCCCCUUGUUACCACCCACCCAACUGCUCAAAAGUCCCCUCAACCACACUCAAGACGCAAAGCUUCCAAGCCCCCUUGGGAACCCAGCGCUUCCUCUGAUCUCUGCAGUGAGCAACAGCAACCAGGCCGCUUCAGGAGAGGAGAAAUGCGAAAGCAGCCUGGAGAGCUCCUACCUGGAGAAGCUAAAAGCCAGGAACAGUGACAUGUCCGAUGGCAGUGACUUUGAGGAUGUCAAUACAACCACAGGCACAGAUCUGGACACCACUACUGGCACCGGUUCCGACCUGGACAGUGAUGCGGAGAGUGACAGGGACAAAACAAAAGAUAAGAGCAAGCAAAUUGAGAGCAAGCCAGAUUUUGUCGGCAGCUCUGUGUCUGCAAGUUCCACCAACAACACGAGUGAGAUCCCUCUCUUCUAUUCUCAGCAUUCCUUCUUUCCUCCCCCCGAAGAGCACCUGCUGCCCGCCGCGGGAGCAGCUAAUGACUCUAUUAAAGCCAUCGCCUCCAUCGCAGAGAAAUAUUUUGGGCCUGGCUUUAUGGGGAUGCAGGAGAAAAAGAUGGGUUCGCUCCCGUAUCAUUCCAUGUUCCCUUUUCAGUUCCUCCCCAAUUUCCCCCAUUCACUCUACCCUUUUACGGAGCGGACCCUCAAUCACAACUUGCUGGUCAAGGCAGAACCAAAGUCACCCAGGGACCUCCACAAAGUAGGCAGCACCAGCUCAGAGUCACCCUUCGAUCUCACCACAAAGCCAAAAGAGAUUAAGCCAAUCUUGCCGCCACCUAAGGUCCUGCCAGCCCCAUCCUCAGGGGAAGAACAGCCACUGGAUCUGAGCAUUGGCAACCGCAUCCGAGCCAGUCAGAACGGCGGAAGAGAGCCACGGAAAAACCACAUUUAUGGGGAAAGGAAGCUAAUGGCAAGUGAAGUCUUACCCAAGAUUUCCCAGUCUCAACUGCCUCAGCAGCCAUCCCUGCAUUACGCUAAGCCAUCACCCUUUUUCAUGGACCCCAUAUACAGGGUGGAGAAGCGGAAGGUGACAGACCCUGUGGGUGCCCUAAAGGAGAAGUACCUGCGACCCUCCCCGCUGCUUUUUCACCCCCAGAUGUCAGCCAUAGAAACGAUGACAGAGAAACUGGAGAGUUUUGCAGCCAUGAAGGCAGACACUGGCACUUCCCUGCAGCCCCUUCCCCAUCACCCGUUCAACUUCCGAUCUCCACCACCCACGCUAUCCGAUCCCAUCCUGCGCAAGGGCAAGGAGCGUUACACCUGCAGGUACUGUGGCAAGAUCUUCCCACGCUCAGCAAAUCUGACAAGGCACCUGCGGACACACACUGGAGAGCAGCCCUACAGGUGUAAAUACUGUGACAGGUCAUUCAGCAUUUCCUCCAACCUCCAGCGGCACGUUCGAAACAUCCAUAACAAGGAGAAGCCAUUCAAAUGUCACCUGUGUAACCGAUGCUUUGGGCAGCAGACCAACUUGGACCGACAUCUUAAGAAACAUGAACACGAGAAUGUGCCAGUGAGCCAGCACUCCGGAGUCAUUACAAACCACCUUGGGACCAGUGCCUCUUCCCCAAACUCGGAAUCAGACAACCAUGCACUUUUAGAUGAAAAAGAGGAUUCGUAUUUCUCUGAAAUCAGAAAUUUUAUUGCAAAUAGCGAGAUGAAUCAAGCAUCGACUUUAGCAGAUAAAAGGCCAGAAAUCCAGGAUAUUGAUGGCAAUUCCCAGUGUCAUGGAUUAGCAAAUGAGAAAACAGAUGUGGAUGACGAAGACGAAGAACUGGAAGAGGAAGAUGACGACAGCCUGACAGGGAAGUCACAGGAUGAAACGGUAUCGCCCACCGCAGAGCCCCGAGGAGCCUUUGAGGAUGAAGAAGACGAAGAGCCCGCAUCUCUCACCAUGAGCUUUGACCACACCCGAAGGUGUAUUGAGGAGGACGAAGCCGGCUUGUUAGAUUUGGAGCAGAUGCCGAAUUUUGGGAAGGGGCUGGAUCUUCGCAAAGCAGCCGAGGAAGCAUUUGAAGUUAAAGAUGUGUUUAAUUCCACCUUAGACUCUGAGACAAUAAAACAGACUCUGUACAGGCAGGCUAAAAACCAGGCUUAUGCAAUGAUGCUGUCCCUGUCUGAGAACGCUCCCCUCCACACGUCCUCCCAGAACUCUCUGGGUGCUUGGUUGGACAUGGCAGGAGCAGCUUCAGAGUCGGGGGCCUUUAACCCCAUCAACCACCUCUGAGAGGUCCACAAGGCACUGGCCAGAGUCCCAGCGAGGAGGCGGUGGUGCCGCAAUUAUCCUAGCAAAAAUCCUAGCAAGCAGAAGAUGGAUGAGAGGGCCUCAGGGAGUCGUCUGGACUUUCGGCUGAGAAGGAAACCUGUCGCAUCCGACCUACAAGUCCUGCGUUUUUAUCUAUCCGGAGUUUUCAUUUCUAACUUAUCAGAGUGAACCUCUCCAAAACUGGAUAACCCUGAUGCAGCCCUAGGAUUUCACAGUCUAUAGGAAUAGCAUGAGCAAGACACGAAUUGCAACGGUGCAAUCAAAUAUUGGCCCCUCUAAUGUUACAAAACAGUAUCACUGAGCCAGUAAAGCCGGCGUGUAAAUGAAAGCUUGAAACCAUUCGGUAGCAUUUCCUUUCGGUUCAGCUGAAUAGUGAAGUAAUAAGGAAAGAGAGCCAGACGUGACCUAUCCCUGGUGCAAUUCUGACCUAGUCACUGGAGUUAUACCAGGGAAGGGUAAAUUCAAGCCAUUUAAUUGACCCCCAAAAGAAUUUGAAAUUCUCUG